AUGUCGCAUCAACUCUCCUCCGAGUCUUACACCACGGCCAACGUCUCCGAGACAACACUCGUUGACACGUCCAAGCCCACAACAAGUACCAAGCCAAACCUCGAGAAGCCAGCCCCAAAGCGAAGUCUUAAGGAAAAGCUCAAGAUGAAGCUCGAAGGAUCCGUAGAUCCCACAAAGAAGCCCGCCGAUCCAUACAAGUCAUGGGAGGCUCGGGCAGCACUCCUAUGA